AUGAGGCUGAGCACUAUUGAAAUAAUUGCUCCAUUCAUUACCUGUGUUAACAACCUCAGCAAGGCUAUUACUAACUCCACAAUCAAAGUGAGGUGUGUUCGAGCUUAUCAAGGUUUACCUGAAGACAAGAAUGACAAAAGCUUAGAAUGUGUGUUUCAUGACUCUAAGGGUACCAGAAUUCACGCUACAUUUCCAAACAGUUUAGUCCAAAACUUUGGAAAUAAACUUAGGGAAGGAGGGAUAUUUUGUAUUAAAAACUUCUUUGUCAGACCUAAUACUCUCAGAAACAAAGCAUCAAAUCACCAGUUUAGAUUGCUAAUGAAUGUCAAGACAGAGAUGGUUGAGGUUACUGAUAUUAGGUUUUUGAGAGAAAUGUUUGACUUCAAGCCCUUUGCUGAAAUAUCACAAUAUGAAAAUGUUGAUGAUUCAUCCUUCUUUGAUGUCAUUGGUGUGAUAACUGGACCUGGUAGAGUUAUCUCUCAAUCUAAGUAUAGAUUGAUUGAGAUUGAAAUAUCUGAUGAGAACCAUAACAAACUCUUUUGUACAAUAUGGGAAUCAAAUGUUGACUUAUACCUGGAUCAACUGAAAAAGAGUGAAGGAACAAUCCCAAUUGUGAUUAUUCAGUUUUGCAAGCGCAAUCUGUUUAGAGGUAAAAUUGGAAUUUCUACACACUUUCAAGCUUCUAAGGUUGUGAUUAAUGCUGAUGUUAAAGAAGUGAAAGAUUUUAGGAUGAGAAUAAGAGAUGAUAGCAGUUUUAUUCAACAAGGUUCUGUGAUUGAAGGAGGGAAAAGGCUUGGUGGUGAAUAUGAUGAUCUACAAGUGAAGUCCCUUGAGGAUUUGUCUUGCCUAGAGGAAGGUUCAUGUUGGGUAUUCGGUAAAAUCGAGUCAGUUGAGUGCCAUUAUGGGGAAUGGUAUUUUUUGGCAUGUAAGACUUGUGUUAAGAAGGUCAGAGAAGUGGAUAAUAAGUUUAACUGUUCUGGAUGUACAAAAACUCAUUCUUAUGCAGUUAAAAGGUUCAAGUUUGUGGUGAAUGUUGUUGAUCAAUCCAGCAAUGCAUCUUUGUUAUUGUGGGAUAGGGAGGGCAGCCAACUGUUAGGGAGAAAUGUGACUGAUAUUUUAGGGAAUGGUGGUCAGUUGGUUGCUCCUAAGGGUUCCAUUCCUGCACUUAUUGAAGAGAUUCUUGUGGGUCAGAAUGUACUCUUUAAACUUCAGCUGAAAAAUCAUAUUGAGUAUUACAGAAGUUACCCUUUUACUGUGAACAAAGUUUGUAAUAUCCCUGAAAUAGUUGAGAAGUAUACUCCUAAAGACUUGGGUGAAGAGAUCUUUAAAUUUGAUACGAGGUUAUCUGAUCUACUUUUUGGAGCUGAUCUUGCUGAGGUUUCUCAAAAGCCCUAUGUUACACCUGAUCUGUCCACUCUUGCUAAUGAGAAUAUCAGUGAAUUGUGUGUUGAAGGAUCUGAGUUAAAUGUUGGAGUUGAUGUUGCUGAGGGUUCUCAGAAAGUGUUUGUUACUCCUGAUCUGUCCGCUGUUUCUAAUGAGAAAAAUCAUGACUGGGGUGGUGGAGGCUCUGUAAAGCGAUGCUUGGAUUUAGAAUUUGACGGAUGUGAUGAUGUUGAUGAAGUUCAGAUGAAGAAGAAAGAGAAAAUUGCUGUUGAUGUGUGUGGAUCGUUUGACAAUCCUAUUGUUAUAAGUGAUGAUGUGCUUGAUGAACACAAUCGGUCUAUUGUCAAUGAGAGCUCUUUCGAUUCAUCUAAUUUUAAUGAAGAUGGAGAAUUUUGGGAUAUUGGUGAUCCUUUGUAUAUGUGUUCGCAUUGUGGGGCAUUAUUUUGGUAUGAGGAACGUCUUGGCAAACCAAAUAAGGCCACUAAUCCAAGAUAUUCGGGUUGUUGUAUGAAUGGAAAUAUUGCGAUUCCUAAAUUGACUUCUCCACCUGACGUCUUGCACCAAUUAAUGUUCUCGAAUGACGACAAGAGUAGUCACUAUUUGAAAAAUAUUCGUUCAUAUAAUUCGAUGUUUGAUUUUACCUCCAUGGGAGGUAAAGUUGAUAAUAGUGUGAACACUGGUGGUGGUCCCCCUGUAUUUCGUUUACACGGGCAAAAUUACCACUUGAUUGGUAGUUUACUACCAUUAGAUGGUUGCGAACCGAAGUUUGCCCAGUUAUAUGUGUAUGAUACAGAGAAUGAGAUCAAUUACAGAAUGACGUCCGUGAGGCAAAGGGAUGAUGUGAAUAAUCUUCAUUCAGAGAUUGUUAGAGAUUUGCAACAUAUGUUGGAUGAAGAAAAUGCGUUAGUUAAGUCUUUCCGUAUGGCCAAAGAAAAGAUUGGACAUGAAGAUCAACCCAAUGUAAGUUUGCGGUUGCUUGGUAAGAGAGGUAGGGAUGGAAGAACUCAUAACCUACCUUCUGUUUCUGAGGUUGCUGUGCUUGUCGUUGGCGAUUUUGAUGAAGCUUUGGGUGACAGAGAUAUUGUUGUUGUAAAGAAGUCAGGGCAGUUGCAACGCAUUAGUGAACUGCAUCCUUCUUAUCUUCCACUUCAGCGAUUGUUUCAACAGUUUGUCGUUGAUGCCUAUACGAUGAUUGAGACUGGUCAUCUUACUUAUGUACGAACCCAUCAGAAAAGGUUGAGGGCUGAGUUGUAUAGUGGUUUAGCGGAAGUUGUUCUUCGUGGUGAGACAGAUGGCUCAAGGCAUGGGAAACGAAUUAUCUUGCCUUCCAGUUUUGUUGGUGGAGCUCGAUAUAUGGUUCAGAAUUAUCAAGAUGCUAUGGCGAUCUGCAGGUGGAUUGGUUAUCCAAAUUUGUUUAUUACCUUCACGUGCAAUCCUAAGUGGCCAGAGAUAUGUCGAUAUCUUGCAUCUAAGGGUUUGAAAUCAGAUGAUCGUCCUGAUAUUAUUUGUAGGAUCUUUAAAGUUAAGUUGGAUAAUUUGAUAAGAGAUCUUAAGAGUAAAAAAAUAUUUGGAGCUGUGAAGGCAGUUGUGUACACGGUUGAGUUUCAGAAACGUGGAUUGCCUCAUGCCCAUAUUUUGCUGUUUUUAAGCAAUGAGGACAAACAGCCUAAGCCUCAACGCAUUGAUGAGAUAAUUUCAGCUGAACUUCCCGACCAAGUAACUGAUCGUCAGUAUUAUGAGUAUGUUAAAGAAUUCAUGAUGCAUGGGUCGUGUGGUGUUGUUCGAAAAUCAUCUCCUUGCAUGCUCAAUGGACGUUGUUCCAAAUAUUUUCCCAAGAAAUAUCUCGCGGCCACAAACAUUGAUGAAGAUGGUUUUCCUGCUUACAGACGUAGAGAUAAUGGUCGUGUUGUUAUGAAGGAUGGUGUGCCCUUAGAUAAUAGAUAUGUUGUUCCCCACAAUCGUUUUCUUCUUAUGAAGUAUGGCGGUCAUGUCAACGUUGAGUGGUGCAAUCAGUCGCAAUCUAUUAAGUAUUUGUUUAAGUAUAUAAAUAAGGGUUAUGACCGUGUGACAACUUCUUUUUUCCAAUCUGGUGCGGAUGGUGCUGAACGAUGUACUGAUGAAGUAAGUUUGUACUACGAUUGUAGAUAUAUAUCGUCUUGUGAAGCUGCUUGGAGAAUUUUUAGAUUUGAAAUUCAAUAUAAGGAUCCUCCUGUUGAAAGAUUGAGUUUUCAUCUUCCAGAUCAACAACAUGUCAUUUUUGAUGAAGCUGAUGACUUGGAUACUGUUUUGAAUCGUAAGACAAUUCAUGAAAGUAAGUUCUUGGCUUGGAUGGAAGCAAAUAAGAUAUAUUCUCAAGGUAGGGAUCUCACUUAUGGUGAAUUUCCGAUGAAAUUUGUAUGGAAGAAGAAUCAUUGGGAACCUAGGAAACAAAGAUAUUCGAUUGGAAGGUUGUUUUAUGUUGCUCCUGGUUAUGGUGAUAUGUAUUAUCUCAGAUGUGUGUUGAAUAUUGUUAAAGGAGCUUCUUCGUAUGAAGACAUCAGAUGUGUUAAUGGCGUUCAGUAUGAUACAUUUAGAGAUGCUUGCUUUGCUUUAGGGUUGUUGGAUGAUGAUAAGGAAUAUGUUGAUGGAAUUGUAGAGGCUUCUUUUUGGGCUUCAGCUCAAUCUUUGAGAUUGCUCUUUGUUAGUUUGUUAACAUCGGAAUCUAUUUCACGCCCGGACUUUGUUUGGCUAAGUUGUUGGAAAUAUUUGUCCGAAGAUGUUCUUUAUAACCGCCGAAAAAUAACAAAUUAUCCUGGUCUGAUCUUGAGUGAGGCUGAUAUUCAGAAUUUUGCAUUGGUCGAGAUUGAGAAAUUGUUGCAGAAUCUUGGCAAAACUUUGCGUGAUUUCCAUGGUUUACCGUAUCCUGGUAAUCAGUAUUUCGAAUCAAGUGAAAAUAGACUGAUUAAUGAUGAGUUGUGUUAUGAUCGUGAGGGUUUAGAAAGGGAAUAUUUGGAAUAUAUAUCCAAAUUCACUGAUGAACAACUUUCUGUGCAUGACACUAUAAUGUCGUCUGUGCAUUCUAAUAAUGGAGGAAUAUUUUUUGUUUAUGGCUAUGGAGGUACGGGGAAAACUUUCAUUUGGAGAUCAUUAUCUGCAGGGAUUCGUUCUAAGGGCGAUAUUAUUUUAAAUGUGGCGUCCAGUGGCAUAGCUUCUUUAUUAUUGCCUGGUGGUAGAACAACUCAUUCUCGGUUUAAAAUUCCCAUUAAUGUGAAUGAAGAUUCUAUGUGUAAUAUUAAACCAGGCGGUGCACUUGCUGAGUUGAUUGUGAGAGCUAAGCUUAUUAUAUGGGAUGAAGCUCCGAUGAUUCAUAAACAUUGCAUAGAAGCCGUGGAUAGAACUUUAAGAGAUAUUGUGCGUGUAUGUGAUGAGUUAAACAUGAACAAACCGUUUGGUGGAAAAACUGUUGUUUUUGGUGGUGACUUUAGACAGAUCUUGCCAGUUGUUCCUAAAGGCAGUCGGCAAGAUGUUGUGAAUGCUACUAUUAACUCAUCUUAUCUUUGGAAAAGUUGCACAGUUUUAAGGCUGACAAAAAAUAUGAGGCUUUUGAAUGUGGAAAAUGUUGAUGAAGCCUCUAAAUUGAAGGAAUUUUCCUCUUGGGUUGCCUCAAUUGGCGAUGGUGUUAUUGGUGGUCCAAAUGAUGGUGAAGUGGAUAUUCAACUUCCUGUUGACAUUGUUUUGUCAAAUUCUGGUGAUCCUCUUCAAACCAUUGUUUCAAACGUAUAUCCUUCUUACAUGAAUCCUGAAGAAUUGAUUAGUUGUUUGAACGGUCGUGCUAUACUUGCUCCUACUUUAGAGGUAGUUGAUGAGGUUAACCAAUUCAUGAUUUCUCUGGAUCAGUCUCAAGGUCGAGUUUACUUUAGUUUUGAUAGUAUUUCAAACUCUGAUUCUACAUCAAAUGGUCUUGCUGAGAUACAUUCUGUUGAGUUUUUGAAUAGUUUGAAGUGUUCUGGUACACCUAACCAUAAAUUGUUGCUGAAAGUUGGUACUCCUGUGAUGUUGUUGAGGAACAUAGACCUGUCAAACGGGUUGUGUAAUGGUACAAGGUUGAUAAUUACACGAUUAGGUGAUUAUGUGUUAGAGGGACAGGUAUUGGGUGGCCAUAAUAUUGGCCAUAAAGUGUUGAUUCCUCGAAUGUCCUUAAUACCGUCUGAUCCGAGAUUGCCUUUCAAGUUCCAAAGAAGACAAUUCCCUUUGGCUGUGUCGUAUGCAAUGACUAUUAACAAGAGUCAGGGUCAAUCACUGUCUCAUGUUGGAUUAUUUUUUAGAAAACCUGUGUUCAAUCAUGGACAGCUGUAUGUUGCUUUAUCUAGAGUCACGGGUCGUGAAGGUUUGAAGAUUUUGGCGUGUAAAGAUGAAGAAGAUGAAGGCAAUGGUGAUUCUACUGUUAACAUUGUUUAUAAAGAAGUUUUUCAAAACUUAUGA